UUGUUAACUUAUAUUAAUUUUUUCAAAAUUUUCGGUCGUUAAAUUAACGAUUUUCGUCUCGAACGAUGCAGCGUUGUAACAACUUCCUGUCGAACAAAAUUGUUGGAAGUUGAUGGGUCUCCUGGAGCUGGUGGCCUCAAACAUUGUUUCGCGAAUUGUUCGGUUGCUGAGUGACUUUGUGCUGCUAGGGAUCUUCAACUUUUUCAAAAGAAAGCUUCAUCAAGUGAAAAAUGGCGUUCCUGAGACUUCUGAUGUUGCUGGUUGUCGGUGUUGCGGCUGCUGGGGUGGACCCGAAGAUGGGGCGUUCCUGUGUCGGGACGUCUGUGGCGAGGAGGUGAGGGGCGCCGGCGGUUACGGGCGUCGUGUGACGUUUGUCGGGGCAACGCUGUUCCUGGACUGUGUCUGGCAAGCAGACCUGAAGGAGGUGAAGCUGUUGUCGCCGACGGUCUGCGUUGGGCGUCGGGCCAACAUGGAUUGUGUCGUGACGCCUUGGAGGUGGUGCGAGGAAGUCGUGCCACCCAAGCCGGAGAUCUCGACGGCGGCAGUUCCGCCGGUGGUUGAUGAGCCUUGCCUAGUGGCACCUACGGCCAACCUGGCGCUCGUUCACGUGCCGGUGAGCAAGACGCCGUAUGUGGUAUGGGCGCUGCCCUCAACGCAGCAAAGCAUCGUGGUGGCCCAAGAAGUGCCACACGUCAUCAGGGCACCGUUGUCGACGCCGGAGGUGACGGUCAACAUCAAGCAUGGUGUUGCGCACGUUGAGGCGGACGUGGACCCGUGGACGGCAAUGGUCCUGGUCUUCAUGGGCCUUGGGGGAGCUGGAGCCACAUCUCUGGCUGUCUUUUUGGUCUGGCUGGUUAAGUUCAUCAGGAACAAGUCAUUGUACAUGCGGGAACUGGUGCGGACGCUGACGCCGGAGGAUCAGCAGGAUCCGGAAGCCCAACCAGUGGUAGAUCUGCUGGGGCUGGAAGAGACGGAUAAACCCGUCGAAGAGAAGAAGGAGGAAGAGCCGGUCCUUGAGGACAACAACCCCUUCAAGGAAAUGUUGAACGCAUAAAAGUUUAAAAAAAACGCGUCAAAGAGAGUGCCAUUUUUUGUACCCGCGUUUUUAUAUGGGUCAAGGCAAUAGAGAAAUUGUAAAAAGAA